ACUGAUUCAACUUUGUGGAUUUGUGUACCUGGAUUAUUGAGCAUGCAUGAACAGAAUCUGUACUUCUUCUGGCUCUAUCGGAGAGCUCGAUGCUGGCGAGGACAUCCCAUCUGAUGACGUCAGUCUGUCUGGAGAGGACGCUGGGGCUUCGGAUCAAGAGGACUCGGCCGACUGCGAUGGGUCCAGUCCCUCCUUUGCACCUCUUUAUAAUGAAGAGCCUCGAACACAUGAGUCUCCAGGCACGCCCGAUGUCGCCGAGGAAGAUGAGAAAGGCUGGAAACCUGACAUAGAGGAAGAAACGCAGAUAGAAAAGAAAGAGGAAAUGGAGCCAAUCUGGAACGGACCAGAUGAAUUAAAGCUGUCUGAGGAGCUUGAUGGCCUUAAAGUUUUAGCCUGCAAGGACCUGAUGGCAGACGCAGUGUGGGGACCUUUCUCUGGGGCCGUCCAAUCAGAUGGGAUUACGAACGGGACCUCCAAUGAGAGCCCGGUGCUGAGUCUGAUGUGUGAGGAUCCGGACUGCUGGUUUCCCAGAAUUCCUGUGACCCCCUGUUCUUCAGAAGCAAACUGCACCAUUUACAGUCAAGGUGAUGCUGUGUACUGCAGGCUCACUCGAGACCUCUGUAGUGGCGACGCUUUAGUGGCCACCCUGUCCUCGACCAACGCUGAGCAAACGGCCACAACUCAGACUCUCAAUACACAGGUGAAGGAGGAGCCCGCCUACCCAGGAGCCGGUCUACUGUCUGAGAUCCAGCUUCUCCCACAGCAGGCUGGCAUGGCUGCCAUUUUGGCAACUGCUGUUGUUAACAAGGACAUCUUUCCAUGCAAGGACUGUGGGAUCUGGUACAGAAGUGAGAGGAACCUGCAGGCUCAUCUCAUGUACUACUGUGCCAGCCGGCAAAAACAGAAAGCCAUGGCCUCUCCUCCGCAAGACAAGCCCAAGGAGUCCUACCCUAAUGAGAGGGUGUGUCCGUUUCCCCACUGCAACAAGAGCUGCCCCAGUGCCAGCUCAUUGGAGAUUCACAUGAGGACACACAGCGGUGAGCGUCCUUUCUUUUGUUUGAUCUGCCUCUCUGCGUUCACUACGAAGGCCAACUGUGAACGGCAUCUGAGGGUGCACACUGAUUCGUUGAAUGGCAUCUGCCAUGGCUGUGGAUUCAUCUCCACCACGCAUGACAUUCUCUACAGUCAUCUGGUGACCAGCCAUAUGGCUUGCCAGCCUGCCUCCCGAGGUGAAGGCUUCUCCCCUAAAUUGCCACAGCCCUCAGGUCUGAGUCCUGGAGACUCUGGGAUUUUGCUCAAGUGUCAAGUGUGUGGCUUCUCAGCAGAUACGCCUGCUCAGCUCCAACAGCAUGUCCAUACGCACCUGGAAGUCAAGGUUCCUGUAGAAAGGAGCCACACGCCCCGGCAGGGCAGCCCUUCCACAUCAGAUCUCUCAGAGUCUCAGGACCAAGAGCUGUCAGCCAGCAUGCCCAGACCUGACUCGUCCAGUCCUGAGGCCAAUGGUGGUGCUGCCAUCUCCCGUGGCUGUAGCCCUCCAGAGCAGGUGAAGAUUAAGGAGGAGCCAUGCUCUGACUCAGAGAAUGAAGCAAGGGAUGGAGAUCAAGACAGCAAUCACGUUGUAAACACCGAUGAGAAAAGAUCUUCCAACCCUACCUCACCUAAGAGUCCCCCAGCUAUUUCAGUUAAGGCAGAACCAGCAAGUCCUACUCCAGGCUCCAGCCCCGUCCACAUUGGAGCAGGGGGCUCUGUUUUACCCGGUGGAGCUGUCUUUUUGCCACAGUAUCUCUUCAGCCCUGAGGCUGCCAUCAUGCCCCAGGCAUCUGAAAUCCUGGCCAAGAUGUCUGAGAUGGUCCAUAGCAGGCUGAAGCAGGGCCAGAGCCCAGCUUCCGCACAGCAAAGCUUCUUCCCUGCAGGCUCUCCUGCUGGAGUCCUCAAGGGGGCGACAUGCUUCGAGUGCAAUAUAACUUUUAAUAACAUCAACAACUACUACGUCCACAAGAGGCUGUAUUGCUCCAGCAGGCACCCGCAAGGAGAAGCCGCAGGCCAGGUAACAGAUGGCCAAGUGACCACUGCUUCCCAUACCAGCAAUGAUGCUUCUCCGCAGGCAGGACCAGGCAGUGCUCCAGCUUCAGCCUCUCCCCAUGAGUCAGCAGUGGCUGUGAUAGUUACAGCUGCCAAGCCAGUGGAGGUAAAGACCGAGACUCCCGGGUCAAAGGAUACCUCUUGCUCAUCUUCCUCAGAAGGUGAGGGUGGUGGUGGGGGUAGAGCAAGCGAAGGCAGCCAGAGUCCUGCAGAACUUAACGGAUCAGCUGAAGACCUGGAGGAAGGUCUCACCCGCACUUUCUGCCAGGCUUGCAACAUUCACUUUAGCAGACAUGAGAACUACAUCGUGCAUAAAAGAUUUUACUGUGCCUCACGCCACGACCCUUCCAACCAGCGUUUUCUGGCAGGCAAAGCCGCGUUUGUGCCGCAACCUAUCCGUACGCGCAAGCGCAAGAAGAUGUACGAGAUCCACAUGGCGCAGAAUGAGGCAAGGGCCAGAGCAGCGUCUCUUUCAGCUGCAUCAGGCUUGUCUGUGAAGCAAGAAGGUGCUAGUCCACAUUCUGGGCUCACUCUGUCCUCGGUCUCUACUUCUACGCGCAGUUCUAGUCCGGAGGGUGAUGGUCCUAUUGACCUGAGCAAGAAGCCUUGUCUGCGGGAGACCUCGAGAGGGACUAACACGGCAGCGCUGCCACUUACGGAUUACCACAAGUGUACAGCCUGCAGCAUUAGCUUCAACAGCAUUGAGAACUACUUGGCACACAAAACUUACUACUGCCCUGCCACUGCCUUACAACCCCAUACGCGGGAGCAGCUGCAUCGACUAAAGAGACCUGCCUCGACGUCGCCUAAAACCCGAGCUCCUGAUCAGCAUCCUGACACCAUGGGUCACCAAACUGGGAAGCCCACAGCGGUCCCUCAUGCCUCUGUCUUACCCAGCCAGGAGUCUACCUCUCAUAGUGUGCCUGGUGUAAAAAUCCCCAGUACUCUUCCUGCAGUUUGUCCUUACUGCCCUCCAAAUCGAGCAGUGACCUCCGACCUGGUGGAGCACUUUAAGACAGCUCAUGGGAUUGUCCUUGCCCUGCAGCAGCAGUCCGAACUUCAGCCAGCCAGUGUUAGUCCAAGCCACAGCGUCAGUCCUCGCAACGGAGCACCGCUCACCCCACCUAAACCAGGCCCAAGACCCCACAGAGACAGUUUAAAUGGCCGCACCAGGAGGGACACCGUGUCUCCCUCCUCACCCCUGCUGAACGGAAGCCCGGUGGCACAACAUCCUUUGGGGCCCGGCUCUCCUAAAGCGGCUCCCCCUGCCGUUUCGCCAACAGGCUCGAUUACUUCAACUGCGUCGCCCGGGUCUGAAACCAUUAGAGAAGUGGGAUCACAAGGAAGUACACCCACACCUUUGCUUUUCCCAGAGAAGGCUCUAAGCCACGUCGUCCCGACCACGCCCAAGGCAGCCCUCACGUCACCUUUACAAAAUGGGAACACUCGCUACUGUCGCCUGUGCAACAUUAAAUUUAGCAGCCUGUCCACCUUUAUUGCACACAAAAAGUACUACUGCUCCUCUCAUAGUGCUGAACACGUCAAGUGAGCUUGCCUUCAACUCUGCAAGUGCCAGGUGUAAAGCACAAGUGGUAUCGCCCCGCCAGAUGUCAACGGUGUACGGAAGUGGGACUGUUACUAAUCAGGCAGUGGGUUUUCAAAUGCCAAUCCUACAGUUUCUGGUUUUGUUACUAUGGUAACUUUUUUUGCCUAUUAUGGGUCAAAUUUGUAUUACACUAAGGAUGAGACAUGCUACCUGCACACAAGUGUGCCCUAUUAACUAGUACCUAUCCAUGACCCUUGGUUCAACCAUGAUAUUUAAUAAUGGGACUCUAGAUUCUAAAGUUGUUCAUGUUAAUUCAUAAUUUUUAAUUCACAUUUUCUUUCCAGCCGACUGACAUGAUGUCAAUUUUGAGUGCUAACGACACAUGUCUGCGACCCAUUGUUCUUUUCCUGAGCCAUUUGUAUUUGUCCAGUACCAGUCACUGAUUUGGGAAUCUUUCUCCCCCCAGUGGAGUUGUAGAACUCCUUUAGCCUGUCAGUUUCACCAUAUGCUGAGAUUUCUUGUCCAUACACUGAAUCAUAUUUUAUAAAAAUAAAAAACAAAAGAAAAUAUACUAACUUAAUAGAUACUGGUUUUGUGAAGUUACCGACUCCAUUUGGAAGAUUUUGAAGAAGGGAAACUAUGAACUUCAUUUGAGUCUUUAAUUUGACUUCCACGGAAAACUACCUACUGUCUUUUUAAGAAAAAGAUUUAUAUUUUUGUUUGUAUGUAUAUUUUUUUUUUCAUACUGUCGAUAUUAACCAUUUCAACGUUAGUUCAUUGUAUGUUUUUGGUUCCUCGGCAUAGCUAUGUGUUUUACACAGUCAUAUUUGGAACACAGAGUACUCCUGUUUUCACAAUUGCAUUAGUUCGAUUGGUAAGUGUCGGUAUAGUGUAAGAAUGAGUGCACUGUAUUUGUUCGCAGUAUUUUGUCACUGAUCUGAGUCAGGUGGUUGAGAGCACCAGUUCACUAGAGCUGUCAUAAAAGAUUCUCUUAAGAAUACAGAGUGAGGACUGAAAGCGUAUGAACUAUCUUCACUCUCUGGUCAGUACUCUCAUUCUGCCUCAUCCCACCCACACCACAAAACUAACAUUUCGACUGUGAGGUUGUUUUGUUUUUAGUUCAACCCAAAGUUAUACUUUGAAGAACUUGCUUGCAGAACGUAGCGUCACGCUGGACUUCCAGUGAUUUCCCAUGAUUGCCAAUUGUGCAGCAUGGUGCAAUCUCUGCUCUGAAAAGGCUACCCUGCAAAGCCUUAAUGAAGACUCAAAAGAGCAUCUAGCAAAUAAUCGUUUUUGGGUUUGUUUUUUUCCGUUACUAGUGCCGUUCGCCCAUUACUGGUGUUACAAAGAGGGCGCUCUGUGAUUAUGGCGCAGUUGUGGGGUUUAUUCAGUGCUCAUUUGGAUUGAAAUUGGUGCUACACCAAUCAUUCUUCACACAGUACCAUGAUUUGUCAUUGUCUACUCAUCACAUAUUCAUGACCAGUGCUGAAAGCCCAGUUUUACCCGUCUGAUUCCUCUCUAUUGCACUGUGUUGUACAAAAAAAUGCUGAAUGUUUUGGUUGAAGGCAUUUGUUUAUAUUGUAUUUAUGUUUUACAGCACUUUUUCUUGUCCAAACCUCCUCUGAAGGACUUUCUGAUGAAAACAUCUUAACACAAGGUUAAUUAAAAUAUUUUGUGAAGAAUUAUAGAUGUAAUUAUGAAUGUCAUAUCUUUUUCAUUUUUGAUUUCAAUCCUAUGAAAAGUUUCACUACACACUUGUCCAAACUAUGCAUGGGGGAAAAUAAAAGAGUCCUGGAGGACAUUUAA